AUGCCCCGACCAUUCCAUACGUUCUCCACCCCUUCCCCACACCCCGCCGACCCCCUGCCGCCUCUCCGUCCGCCUCUCCGCCCGCCUCUCCGUCCCCCCCUCCGCUCCUCCCCUCCUCUCCUCCCUCCCUCCUCAACCCCCUCCCGCUCUUGCCACGGCCCUGGCUCUCUCCUCUCUCCCUCCCCGCAGGCGGCGGUGGCGGCCCUGGCUGCCACGGUGGACACACUCACCUCUGCGGGUUACCACAUGAUCCGCGGGCCGCUCAGCGCGCUGCUGCAGCCCGCUUUCCUGGACACGCACGUGCGCGCGCGCAACGCUGAGUUCGCCCUGCUGAGUCUCAACGCAGCGGCCUCUGCCCUUCCGCACGCAGACGUUAUCAGCAUCACCCCCUCUGGCCACCUGCGCAUGGCGGUGGGCAGGGACACCUUUCAACGCCUGGGGCUGCCAGGCAAGGCGUCAGCAGCAGCACCGGGCGAGCAGUACUUCAUCUGUGUGGACCUGUGUGCGCCGUCCUUUAAGCCUGGCAAGAAGCUGCACGACAAGCCCGGCAUUGGCAUGAAGCUGCACGACAAGGUCCUGGAGCGAGUGAGUGAGCUCAUCCCCGCGUCACUGGACUACCUCUGCCUCUUCACACGCGACGGUGUGCCCCAGCCCGUUGACUUCCCUCAGCCAAUCACAGCCCGCCACGUGCCCUUCUCCGCCAUCCACCGAGCCCUCUCCCCUGCCUGCCUGCCGAAUGCUGACAAGCUCUUCGAGAUUGCCACGUCAGCAAGCGGGGAAAUUGUGUGCCGUCACUCCUUUCCUAGUUGCCUUGGGUUGAACUCGCUUGUCAUUCGUUUACUCUUGCUCCCUGCGCUCUCUCUUCCUCCCUUUCUCUCCCUCCUUUUCUCUCACCCCCUUGCUCUCGCUCCCUUUCUCUCACUCCCUUUCUCUCCCUCCCUUUCUCUUUCUUCUUUUCUCUCCCUCCCGCAUCCCCACUCCCUGUUUCCUCUGCUACAGGUCCUAGUGCUCAUCGAUGCUGCCAGGUAUCCUUCCCUCCCUCCACCCACUCUGCCUUUCAUUUCUCUCCCAUUGAUCCUUCCGCUGUCACCCUCCCUCUCCGCCUUGCUUUCAUUCUCUCCCCUUCCUAUCCUCCCCGUCUUUCAUUCUUUCACCCAUUCUCUCCCUCGCUCCUCUCAUUCGUUUGCCGUGCUACCCCAUUUGCCGCCUCCUCCCCCUGUGUGCCAUGGGCUGUCGUCAACUGCUGGAGCUUCGCUUCCUCUCCCGUACGUACAUGCUGCCCCCCUGCUCUGUUCCUUAGCCUUCCCCGUACGCUUGCACGACACGGCUGCUUGCUUGCACGACACGGCUGCUUGCUUGCACGACACGGCUGCUUGCUUGCACGACACGGCUGCUUGCUUGCACGACACGGCUGCUUGCUUGCACGACACGGCUGCUUGCUUGCACGACACGGCUGCUUGCUUGCACGACACGGCUGCUUGCUUGCACGACACGGCUGCUUGCUUGCACGACACGGCUGCUUGCUUGCACGACACGGCUGCUUGCUUGCUAGCGCCACCACUCCGCUCUCCCAUCUCUUUCCCGCCCUGA